UACAGCAAAAAAAAUGGCGACGGUGGGAAAAGAUGUGUUGGUCGCUCCACCGUCGCAAAUCACCUGUGAUCAAAUCCUCUCUGAGUAUCCUUUUCACUGGUUCGUAUGGAACAAAGACGCUUCAUCCAUCGAAGAAGAACUCGCUUUAGCCAGGAACGACAAGGAAAAGACAGAUACCAGAGGCAGAACAGCCAUUCAUUUAGCGGUUUCAUUGGGUUACGUUGACUGUGUGAAGGCUCUUCUCCAUGGAGGAUGUGAUGCUAAUGCUAUCAACAAGGAUGGAUGGAAUGUAUUGCAAGAGGCAAUCAGUACAGGUAAUCCAGAAAUUACCUCACUAGUUUUACAGCACAGAGAUUUUCAAAGAGGAAAUCAAAGGCUGGCUGGCAUCCCAGAACUACUGGAAGAUCUGAAAGCUGCACCUGAUUUUUAUGUGGAAAUGAAGUGGGAGUUCACCAGUUGGGUGCCAUUCAUGUCAAGAAUGUGUCCAAGUGACACUUACAAGAUAUACAAAAGCGGAGCUGCUGUGAGGGUGGACACUACACUCUUGGGUUUUGAUCAAAAUGAUUGGCAGAGAGGAAACAGAACAUAUGUGUUCAAGGGGGAAGAAAAUGGAGGGGUAUUUCUUGAAAUUGACCAUGACAGAGGUAGAGUCUGGAAAGAGACACUUAGUAUAAGGGAUGAUGUUCGUGAUGUAUCAUCCACUAAGGUAUCUGAAGAUGUUUUGAACCAAAGAAUGUCUGCACCUAUUGUUACAACUUAUCUGGACACAGAUAAUAUAGCUUUUACCAGGCACAAGACGAUGUGGGGUUGGGGAGGAGAUAAAACAGAGACAAUAGAUAAUUUGGAAUGUAAAGUAUAUACGGGAAGUGGAGUAGAAGUGGUAACCAAAACAAGAGUGGAACAUUUGGCUGAAGAUGACAAAAAGAAUGUUGAAACAUUCCCAGUACCCCAAGGAAUUGCAGGCAGUGGCUUACAUACUUUGCUUGGCAUAGAAGAUGAAACCACCAACCCCCUUGAGGAUGAAGACAAGCAGGACCUGGUUGAUCCAACAUCUACCAAUCCAUAUAGAAUGACUGUUGAAGAAUAUUUCAAUCCAUCUUUAUCGAAACAAGGUCGAGAUAUUGGACGAUUAAAAGAAAUGUCAACCAAAAGGCAAAAAUUUAGAGCCACAAUUUCGAUGGCCGAUCCUCACCCUCUUUCCCUACAGCAGCAAGUUCUACCCAUUAUUAAACUGUUGGCAAUAAGUAAUGCACACUUUGCAAAGCUGAGAGAUUUUAUUGCGCUGCAUCUGCCAGCUGGAUUCCCGGUCAAAAUAGAGAUCCCACUUUUCCAUGUGCUGAAUGCCAAGAUCACCUUUGGCAACAUCGAUUCAAGAGACAAGACGGUAACUGGAGUUCACUGUUUAUACGUUCCCCCUGAUGCUGCUUCAAAUGAAGGCGGGAAGGAAGAGGAAGGAGAAACAGCGAGUAGACCUGUUAUUCAAAGCUGCACCAUCGAUUCACAGUGUUUCGAAGCACCAUCGGGGUACCGACUGCUAAGGGCCGGGGAACAUCCUGUUCCCGUACGAGAUGAAGAAGACGAACUUCUACAGCUUGCCAUUCAGCAAAGCCUCCUUGAGUACAGCAAUGUCAGCCCUGGGGAUAAAGCUGCUGUUAAGUCUCUGGUAGACAACGAGGAUGAGGACAAGAUGCUGCAAAGAGCAAUCAGAGAAAGUAUGAAGGAGUGUGGGAUAGCAGAAGGGCCCUCUAACACUCCUCCAAGUGAAAAUAACCAAGAAAAUGAUGACAACAAUGCUGAAGAUCAGCUGAAACUCGUGAUGGCGCUCUCUCAGCAGCAACUUGCUGAAGAUGAAAGAAGAAGGCGGCAAGAAGAGGAAGAAUUGCAACGUGUUCUCGAACUGUCGAUGACAGAAAAAUGAAUUUGGAGAUUUUAUUUCAUUGGUUCAAUUCCACGAUGUAUUUUUU